AUGAGUAAUGUGGGUAAUGGUCUUGAUACUCAGUUUUGGACCGACACAUGGGUCGCGAACUUACCACUAAACUCAAGAUUCUCUGCACUAUUCUUGUUGGAAAAGUUCAAAGGUUGCUGCGUACGGGAAAGGUUGGAGGUCUCGAAAACUGGACAAGUGAUCGGCCCAAAGUGGUGUUGGGCUCACGAGCCUCUCUCCCACCAGGAAAUGGUGGAAAUCACGGAACUCAACAACGUUAUCUCACGGGUCAUCUUAUCUGAUUCCAAGGAUGAAUGGGGCUGGUCUUCGGAGCACUCGAACGAAUUUUCGGUUAAGGAAGUAAAGAGGUUGAUUCAGAACAACAACAUGCAUACCGACUUGGAUAAAUACGAAUGGAAUGGAUGGAUUCCUCGCAAGGUCAAUAUCUUCGGGUGGCGCAUGAACCUUGAUCGUCUAUCGACUAGAACGACACUAGCAAGAAGGAACAUUACCAUGGCUUCCGUUGUAUGUCCACUCUGCGGUGAAAAGGACGAAACGGUCCAGCACAUUUUUGGAUCAUGUUAUAUCAGCUCUGUGGUAUGGCAUUUGGUGUCUAGAUGGCUCCCGAUUUCGCCCAUUUAUACAUUCAAUAUUUCAGAUCUUCUUCGGGUUCAUAAUCACAUCAACAGGCCGGCCGCUAUGAAGAAAAUGGUGCAUGCUAUUAUCUUAACAGUCUGCUGGAGCUUAUGGAAACUGCGGAACGAUGUGGUUUUCUCUGGUAAAAGAGUGGACAUCUCAAGACUAUGGGUAGAUAUUAAAACAACAAGUUUCCUUUGGAUCAAACAUAGAGCAAAGAUGCACGCGUUAGAUAAUUAG